GAGGACCCGACGCAGAGAAACAGGGACCAUCGUAUAUGAGCCCAGAGCCCCGCGAGGCCCCUGGGAUGGCGUGCAGCGCAUGUUACUACCUGGUUAUCAGCUCCACACACCUGAGCAAUGGACACUUUCGGCGCGUUAAGGGAGUCUUCAGAGGACCGCUAUGUCCAACCGCAGCCAGUGAUUCCCCGGAGUGUGCAGAGAGAGCUUUGGGCUGCUCAGUGGAGGAUCUGAAGGCUCUUUUCUACUGCGAGCUGUGUGACAAGCAGUACCUCAGACACCAGGAGUUUGACAACCACAUCAACUCCUACGACCAUGCACACAAACAGAGGCUGAAGGAACUGAAGCACAGGGAGUUUGCUCGAAAUGUGGCCUCAAAAUCAUGGAAGGACCAGCGCAAGCAGGAUAAGGCUCUGAGACGCCUGCACCAGCUCGCACAGCUGCAACAGGAAACCCAGCGAGUCCCAGUGAAAACGUCUGGACUUCGAAGUACAGUCAAGACAGUGAGACAUCAAGAAGACAGAGAAGUGGACCAAAGAGACCGCAGUCCUGAGGUCAAACCUGAACAAUUCAGCCGCAGCCAGAGACCCCCUCCUCUGCAACCCAGGACAUCCAGCCUCAGCCACCAACCAGAAGAUCCAUGGCGAUCUCCUCCCCAGAUACCACCAGUCGCUCCUCUAGCAGAGUACCCGCUAAUCACACAUCCAGCAUCCAAUACUGAGCCUCCAGCAGUGAACCCCCCCUCUCUCCUGGACUCGUGUCCCCACCUGCCUCUCCCUGUGCGGGGGACAGCGGGAGGCAGGCUCGGGGUGUCCUUCUGCUUCUCACGCAGGGGGCCCAGGCUGGAGCCUUCCGCCUCCGUCUUCUCGGACAUGGAGGAGGAGGAGAGAGAGAAGAGGGAAGAAAUGAAAGAAAGGAUAAAGGAGAUGAUGGAAGAUAUUGACAGGGAAACUGGGGCAGCAGUGGAGGGGAAACACAGUGAGAGUGAAAAGCAUGAGUCCAGGUCUGACACUGUUAGACUAAGCGACACAGGGCCAAUCCCCAGAGAAGCUCCCAGGGAGGAGAAAGAGAUUGAAAGAACAGACAUAGUAAAAGCACACUCGACUAUUUCCACAGCAAUACCUGAUAAUCAGAGUCAUGAUUUACUCUUCUUGCCAUCACAGACCCAGCUGGAACACAUGGACCCUGAACAUACAAACAGCGAGAAAGAGAAAAAGCAAGAAACAGAGGAUGGGAGGGAGGAGAGUGAGUAUAUGUGUGUGCUGGGGAAAGAUGAGUCUACCCGUCUGAGAUGGCCUGUCAGUUUGCUCAAGUUCACCAACUCGCAACCACCCAUCUCAUACAGUUGCAAUCCACUCAGUUUGAACCCACAGCAACCCGAACAACUCACAGAGAAUGUGCAGGAGUCUCAACCAAAUAAGUGUGCUCGCUCAGAUGAAUCAGAUCAUCGUGUGCCAGCUAUUCUCACAACAGGCUCUCCUCCCUGUUUACAGAGACCGACAACACAAAAGCUGAAAGCACAAAGACAUAAAGCUACGGAUAAUUUCAAGGCAGAGCAACAUAUUGACGCAGAGACAGAAGCACGCCUGUUCAAAAACAUUUCUCUGUCAGAAACAAGACCAGAAAAAGGGAGAUGCGCACUAAGUAUGGAGAACUGUGUGAGGGAAGCUUCCCAUCCAUUUGACCCCUCUCAUGGUGACAGCUCUUACACAAACUCCCAGAAUCCUCUGGGAGGCAGAUUAGGGGGUGCGAGAGGGAUCAAGGAGAGAGCGAUCAUAGCCCUGAGCUGUAAAUUAGAGUCUGUCACCCAGCCUGGCACACAGAGGAUGUGCAUUAGACCGUCCAGGAGCGAGUGUGGGAGUGAGACAAUGUGCAAGUGUGCCAGCGUUGCACAGCCAAACGGGGGUGUCUCCGAAGUGUCACGCAGAAAGAGGAAAGCCAGCAGAAAGAAACACAAGUUAGGAAAGAGGAAGAGGGGGAAGACAGAAAAGGCUUCAAACGAGCGCCAAUCAGCAAGGUGCAAAGUGAGGAGUGUUGUCUCUACAGUCUCCACUGGCAGGGAGAGGAGUGGAGAAGCUGGAGGGAGCUGGGGGAAGAAAAGGAGGCUGAGGGAGACGGGGGAGGCGAGGAUGAGGAGGGUGCAGAGAGCAGGGAGCAGCUGUCUCCUGGGGAGAUGUGAAGCCGAGCCAGUAUCUGUCUCUGUCAGGCAGAGGAGGCCUCACAGCACUGAGUCGCAGGCAGACAGAGAGCAGGCAGAGCGCUGCAGCGUCUCCCAGCUCAGCAGACACUCAGCCCACAGACACAACAAGGGGGAGGGGGAGCGAGACGGUGAUACUUUGACUUUUCCCAGGCGGUCUCACUUCUCCUUGCACCCCUUCUCACCAGGAUGUAACUCAAAGCUGUUUUGGGAAAGAGGUCACCAUAGCAACCCCAGGAGUUUCAUUGACUGCUGUUACCCUGACAACAGCUGUGGUUGCAGCCCUGCGAGAAAGAGAAAACUCCUCCACAGGGACAGGAAAUUCAUUCAUAGUAAGAGGAAGAGUUCGAGGCAUUGUGAAGUCUGGAAAGAGACAGGGAGGGGAAGGAGAAUAGGAGGGCGUUCAGGUUUUAAAGACAUGGAUCUGAUUUCGGAUACAGAACAGUGGGAGUGGAUGAGGGAGAGCUAUGGUGCAGGUAGUGAGGAGGGCAGGUUGAGGGAUGAGUGGAGAAACAGAGCAGUGGAGUGGGAUCGGGCGGCGAAGUUUAGCCCCAUUCCCAGCAGCUGGGGCAGGAGAGGCAGACGUCUGAGCACAGAAGAUGUAGACUGGGACAUGUGCAGCAUGGACAGAUGGACCUGGGGCAGCAGUGACAGCUGGGAGGACAGGGGGACACAGAGGUCUAGGUCAGGCUCCAGGACAGGGGCAGACAGCAGGGACAGCCCGGGCUGUGUGUGGAGAUCUGCAGGAACCCGGCGCUCCAGCCCGAGGCCCAUCUCCAGCCCUGAGUGGUGGACGUGUAGGCAGACAAACAGCCCCCAGAGUGGGGUCAACACACGGGCCAGCAGAGGCCUCAGUCCACGCUCCUGCAGCCCCUGCAGCAACACCAGCAUGUCCGAGCUGAGCUGGGAGUGGAGCCGGAGCAGCACCUGCUCAGGAGUCACAGUGGAUGGGUUGAAAGUAAGCUCCUAUAGGACAUCCUCGGGAACCACAGGCCCCUCAUCUGAAGCCCAUCUGAAGGCAGAGAACCCCACAUUAACUUCACCCAGCCUUACCUCUUGCUCCUUUUCUCAUUCCUCGCCCUCCAGAUCAACUUUUGCUCCCAUCGUCCUGAGCACACACCAUUGUGACACAAGCGCUUCUCAGACGAACGAGCCCAGUUCACAGUCUGAACUUGGCCAUGAACCCUCUGCCCUUGCCCUCAACACAAGCAGGUCAGACACAACUCUUCCAGGACUUUCCACUAAGUCUCUGCCACAGAAACCAGCCAGGGUGUUGCUUCUCCCUCUCAUAGGGAAACUACCUGCAAUCCAGAGAAAGGCCAGGAGGAAAAAAGGCCUGCUGGAGAAAAGUCAGGAGAAAGAGGGAAAGGAGGGAGAUGAGGCUAAGGGCAGGGGACUGAAUCCUGGCACAGUUGUCAACAGUCAGAAAUGUCCUCUGGACAUGGUUGAGUCAAACCCCAGCAGCAUGCCAAAUCUCUGCCUCUCGCAGAUUAGGACUGAUGACAAGCAGACAGGUGGAGAGACAGCUCCGCCAAUCAGCUUUACUGCAGAGGAGAUGGACAAAUAUCGCCUCCUGCAAGAGCAAGCAAGAGAGCACAUGCAGAAAAUCCUGGAACAGACAAACGACAGCGAAGAUACACACACAAAGACAAACUACACACAAACAACAAAGACAGAGAACUGUGGGACUUCUGAGGGACAAUAUACACCUGAACACUUGCACAACCCUUCAGCGCCUCAAACCCAGUCGCUUCACACAGACACGCUGCAAACACAAGCACAGCACAGACUCCAGGUCAGACUCCCCCCUCCACAUGUGACCCCACAAGAGAACUUUACUCAACCCAUGGCUCUGAGGGUCCCUAACCUCCCCCCUCUGUCCAGCCUCCAUCAUAUUAUUUUACAACACGCAGCCCUCUCCAUGCCCCCAUCGUCCCUCUUCAUCAAGAUCUCCUGCCAUCCACCCUCACCGCGCUCAGCUCCCUCACCCUCUGCCACCUCUCCACCCCUCUCACGCACAUCACCUUCACCUCUCUCCCUUCUCUAUAUCAUCCCUGUUUCCCUCCAUUCUGCUGUCCCAUCAUCCCAUCGCUUUUCUCCCACAGUCCCCCACUUUCCAUGCAAAUCCACUCGCUCCACUCUCCCAAGUAGCGCUGCAACCGUUGAGCCCUCAGUCUUUCAUGGACAGAGCGUGGCCGCAGACAUCGAGAACAGACUUUGA